AAUGGCAAAUCUAGAAAAGAAUCUGAAUGAGUUACUUCUUGAACUACGUCAGAAACGAACUGAUGUAGAGGAACUCCAGCAGCGUUACGAUGCGGAACUUCUGACUCAACGGGAGCUACGAGCUGAGCUUGAAACCUUUCGUGCAGAGGGAAAGAGCAUGCGUGCCCAGCUGGAACUCACAAACAAGGCUCUCCACCGGAGUGAGGAAGGCCAUAGCAGUGCACGAGAUAUGGCAGUCCGCCACAAGCUCAGCCUGGAGGCUGCCACACGCACACUAUCGAUGUUAUGAAAGAGCAAGCCACUAAGCUGCAUUUGGAGAAUGUAAAAUUAAAGAAGCAAAUGGAAGAUUUGGAACGGGAUAUGAAGUCAGAAUUGUUCUUCCGAGAGUCAUGUGUAUCCAAGCAAUCUAAAAACCAAGAGAUGAUUGAAUCACUUACUGUGCAGAUACACAACUUGGAUAAGGAUUACCGAAACACAGAAAGACACAGCAGCCAGGCACUUUCCUUGGGUAGCAAGUGUCAACUUAUGUUGGAGCACAAGGAUAAGAUAAUAACACAGCUGCAGACCCGAGUCAAAGAGUUAUCAGCGGAGCUAGUGAGCCUUAACAAUAAAAAUAUGAACCUUGAGAAUGAUUUGAAGGAACAAAAACCACCAGAAAAACACUAUGUCAGAGAAAUAUUACAAGAGAUUGUCCAGCAAUUAACCUCAGUGCCCUCCAUGUCGAUAGUACCAGCUGGAGAAGGAACCCUCCUCACCCACCUUUACACAGGACUUCGAGUGACAUGGGCCAAACCCAGCCCAACCCGAGGCUAA